CUUGUCUUCAUCUCGUAAAUAUCGUAUUUUUAAAAAAAGCUCUUGAAUUUGAUUUUCAUUGUCGAUCGAGAGAGCUCGUGUUUUCUUUUCAGUCGUUGUGUGACAACUUUUUAUUUGCAUUCUCUUCGGUCGUAUACCAUAUAUAUAUUCAAUUGCAAUUGUAAAUUGCAUUCGUGACAUAAAAACCAAAGUGAAUAGUUACGACUAAAAUCAGUGUAUGGUUGACUGGAAGCGAGAUUGGAUUCGAUUGGAAUAACCGUGUAUAGAUUCUUCAAAAUUGGCAGACGAGUGGUAGAUAACGUGUGAUUACAAAACAUAAAAUGGUUAAUUUACUACUAAUAACAUUAUUCGGUGUCAUACUCAUAAACGCUAAUGUCAAUGGUCAAGGAUGCGAUCACAAUUGUAACGAGCAAAUUCAGAAUCAUUAUUAUGAACUCGGUUGUCGUCCAAUUUACAAUGAAACCAAUUGUUGUCCAAUUAGAUUUGAGUGUCCAAAACUAGAAAACGAUGGAAAAUGUCAUGUUAAUGGUAAUUCAUACAAUCUCAACGAGAAAUUAUCGGAUAGUGAAGAACCAUUGUGCUCUGCCGCUUGCUAUUGUGCUAAGACAAUCGUUGGCACGAAAUUUCGAUGUGCAAGCAUUGAAUGCCCGGAAGUGUUUAACGGACCUAAAUUGGAGUGCAUCUAUCAAAGUCAAUUCGAUCGAUGUUGUGGCAAGUAUGAGUGCAAUCGAGAUAAAAUCGUUGAAUUGUCACGUACACGAUGCUAUUUGGAGAAUAAAGAAUAUGUAAAAGGCCAAAAGAUGUUUUCGGAUCGAAUUGGUUGCUAUGCAUGCAUAUGUGAUGAGCAUUUUGAUAAUUCAACCAUUGUUAACAAUCCAAACUGUCAAAAGGUGAAAUGUAACAUUGAAAUUCAUUAUGCAGAUCGUUUGAUGGCCGGAUGCAUUCCCAUUUUCUAUUAUGGCAAAUCAAAUUGUUGCCCAAUCGAUUGGCGAUGUCCCGAACCAAAAGAUGAAAUAAUUACAAAGAAUUCGGCAUCACAAGUGGCUUUCAACGACACAGAAAUGGUAUGCAAAUUUGGUGCACUGACACUACGAAUCGGCGACCAAAUUAAAUCAGAAAAGUAUUGUGUUGAGUGUAGCUGCUCGGUUCCGCCAAUGGUGCAUUGUGUACAAACAGGACACUGUUGAGCACGGGAGACGAUGAUGAAUGAUGAUGAGAAGAAGAAAAAAACCGGAAGGCAGCUUAUUCUAUUCUAAAUGCAUAUUAUUCAAAUGCGAACAAAAUCUACGUGUAAAUGAUUUUCAUAUAAUAUAUAAUUUGUUAAAACGAAAUGAAAAUAGCGAGAGAAUCUAUAGCCCACUCAUAUUAGCUUAAUAAAUGGAAUAAAUUCAAGCAAA